AUUUACACGUGCGUAUCGUGGAAAUGUAUCAACAAUUUACACGCCUCAUGAAACGUCCCUUGGUUAGGUUGGUAUAGUACUUUGAGCUAAACAAAAAUAUAAAUCGAACAAAAAACGCUGCGUUUUUGUUUCCACAUCUCUUUCUCUUUCUCUCUUAAGCCUCAAGAAAGAAAAAUGGGUGUGAUAUCUCCGACUGAAACUCUGUUCUUAAAGUCUCAACAUCGUCUUCUUCAACCUCGAAACUAUUCAUACGCACUUGCUUUUCACAGCACUCGACGAGUUGCGAAUUUCCCACGCAACUCAUUCUCUUCUCUAGGAUCAUGUUCUGUAGAUUUUCCACUACGAAGUAACCCGAUUUCACAAAAUAGCAAGUCAAUUCAUCCUUGGCGGAGAUAUGUAUCCGAAUCUGACUCAAACGAGGUAAACCACAAUCAACAAAAUUGCGGCUUUUAUCGCUUUCUUGGCAAGUAACAGUUCUGUUUUGUUUCAGCUGUAUCAUAAGAAGGUUUCUUCUAUUAUGGAAACAUUAAAGCAAGCCUACUCUUUUAUUCCUCAUGGAAUUCUGUUAAGUACAAUAUUAGCUCUUGUCUAUCCACCUUCUUUCACAUGGUUCAAGCCAAGGUUUGGAUCAACCUACUUACUAAUUUGAUCAAAAUCUUAAUUAGACAUCUCUCUUUAUUACUAUUUCUCCUUAUUUAGGUACUUUGUACCUGGCUUAGGGUUCAUGAUGUUUGCUGUUGGUAUCAACUCUAAUGAAAGAGAUUUUCUUGAAGCACUUAAAAGACCAGAUGCUAUUUUUGCCGGUUACAUCGGACAAUACUUGAUUAAACCUCUCUUAGGUUACAUUUUCGGCGUAAUUGCUGUCUCUCUUUUCAAUCUACCUACUUCUAUAGGUGCUGGAAUCAUGUUGGUCUCAUGUGUUAGUGGAGCUCAGCUAUCAAAUUACACAACUUUCUUGACCGAUCCUUCACUCGCGGCGCUUAGCAUCGUCAUGACAUCUAUCUCAACGGCCACUGCGGUCCUCGUUACACCUAUGCUUUCACUCUUACUCAUUGGUAAAAAGCUUCCCGUUGAUGUGUUUGGGAUGAUCUCUAGCAUUCUUCAAGUGGUGAUUACACCUAUUGCCGCAGGACUACUUCUGAACCGGUUGUUUCCAAGGUUGUCUAAUGCAAUCAAACCAUUUCUUCCGGCGUUAACAGUUAUCGAUAUGAGUUGUUGCAUAGGAGCACCCCUUGCUUUGAAUAUAGAUUCAAUCUUGUCUCCGUUUGGUGCAACCAUUUUGUUCCUCGUCAUCACGUUUCAUCUCUUGGCUUUUGUUGCUGGUUACUUUUUCACUGGUUUCUUCUUCAGCAAGGCACCUGAUGUAAAAGCUCUGCAAAGAACAAUUUCCUAUGAAACAGGAAUGCAAAGUAGUCUUCUCGCUCUGGCCCUCGCUACAAAGUUCUUUCAAGAUCCUCUCGUUGGAGUGCCUCCAGCAAUCUCCACGGUUGUUAUGUCUCUAAUGGGCGUCUCGCUUGUUACCAUAUGGAAAAACAGAAAGGAGUAGUGACAUGAAACCUAAUCAGGGAUUUUGCGGAAUUUGCUGUUGUUUAUGGUCGGCUGUUCCAAUUGUUUUCGUAAUGAUCUGGUUAUGUUUUCAUAUAAAAGAACCAAGAAUUUACCCAUAAAAAGUUUAAAAUGUUUCCAUUUUUGGUUCUUGAUUGGUUCUGAGACAAACCAAAACAGAGUCAAUCAACCAGAGUCCAGAGAACAAUACAAGUUUUCACAAUUUACUAUUCAUGUCCAUGUGUAAGACUUGUGAUAUAAAGUUUGAGACUUUUAUGGAAACCGAUGUAUCAAGAAAAAAAUUGUGUCUCCGGACGAGUCUAGCAUUAUUCUAUAUUCUGAGCAUCUUCCUUCUGGCAGUAAUAUUCAAAUUUGAGCUCUUUAGGUUAUCUCAUGGUCCUUUGCUUAAUCAUGAAAAGAUAAAUCCUUUGGCUAUGUUUUGAUGUUACUCAUAGACUUUUAGUUAACUCUGACUUCAUCACUGGUUCUAUUUCUUAGUAAGUAAUAGCUAUAAACUAUAAGAAUAACCUUUUCCUUUUUUGGCUCUAUUUACUGACUUUACCUUUGGUCAGAAAGGCAGGAGUACUGGCUUCACGGAUAAGAAACAACAAGAAGUUUGGUUUUUCAAAGUCAAAAACAGCAGGGUUUCUUGACCUUUAAGAAU